CAGGACUCCGUUCCAUUCCACCGGAUACUCAAUCCAAUCAUUUUCUCUCCUCUCGUAGGGUUUAUCCUCCUCAUAUCUCUCUUCCCCGAAAACUCGAUUUCUCUCAGAUAAAUCCAUUAAUGGCGGGAAUCAAACUUCCGCCGGCGGAGGAAACAGCGGAGCUUCCACAGCAACCGCGAACUCCGGCCGCCGGAGAUCUCAUCUCCGAUGACGAUCGUUCUAUCGCCGCCGAUUCUUGGUCCAUCAAAAGCGAGUACGGAAGCACUUUGGACGACGAGCAGCGUCAUGCUGACGCUACCGAAGCUCUCGCCGCCGCUAAUCUUCGUCCAUCUUCUGAAUACAGUUCAGACAAGGAUUCGGAGAAAGAUGAGGAAGAUGGUGAUGGGAUAGCCUCAAUGCUGGGUCUUCAGAGUUACUGGGAUGCUACUUAUUCAGAUGAACUUGAGAAUUUCCGCCAGCACGGCCAUGCUGGUGAAAUUUGGUUUGGACCUGAAGUCAUGGAUACUGUUGUUUCUUGGACAAAGAGUUUGUGCAUUGAUAUUUCUCGGCGUCGCUUGUUAAACCACAUUGGUGAUGACAAAACAGAACAUAACGAUCAUGAAGUUCACCACUUGUCAAGUUGGAGCGUACUUGACCUUGGGACUGGCAAUGGUCUGCUUCUCCAAGAGCUUGCUAAGCAUGGGUUCUCGAACUUAACUGGUGUUGACUACAGUGAAGGGGCUAUCAACCUUGCUCGCGGUCUUGCUGAGAGGGAUGGAUAUAAAAACGUUACUUUCUCGGUUGAUGAUGUCCUUGAUACUAAGUUGGAAAGACAGUUUCAUCUUGUAAUGGAUAAAGGAACCUUGGACGCCAUUGGCCUGCAUCCUGAUGGUCCUAUUAAAAGGCUUAUGUAUUGGGAUUCUGUUGCAAAGUUGGUGGCGCCUGGUGGAAUAUUAGUUAUAACUUCAUGCAACAGUACUAAAGAUGAGUUGUUGCAAGAGGUAAAUAGCUUUAAUCAGAGAAUUUUCGCUGGCACUCCUGCUGCCCUCCAACUUGAUACCUCAAUGGACCAAGAUGCAUUAACAUAUCGACCCACUUUCCAAUAUGUCGACCAUGUCCGAUCGUAUCCAACAUUCAUGUUUGGAGGAGUUGAAGGAUCGCGCGUUGCAACAGUAGCAUUUCUCCGGAACUGAAGAUCAGUAAUUUUAUUGCAGGCCUUUGUUUCAUCUAACUGGUUAUCUAUAUGGUUCAAGUUUGUGGGUGGCAAUAUGGAUUAUAUAACAAGUUCCUACAAAUCAAUGCAUGUCAACGUAUCUCAAUUGCAGUUUGCAAUUGAAUAGUUGAUACAAUUUUAAGUUAACAACUGAUGCUUGAAUGGAUUGUCAAAGGUAAUACAAGGGGAAGUUUAAUGUUGUAGAAAGCAUGUCAUGUAAAUUAAACCCCGUGGAACUUUAUUUUAAAUAUAUUCAAGAUGUGCUUUACCA